UGGUGAAAUCGUGGUGUUGGACUCUCCUAACCUCACUCUCUGCAAGAAUCCUCCUGGGAAGAUUUUCUCAAGAAAACAACAAAUUUCUCAGCAAUCGUCCGACCAUGGCUGCUCAGGUGCCGCUAGAUUCCCUUGACAAGGACCAACUGAAGACGUUUUCAGACUUCCUCAUGUCGUACAACAAACUCUCAGAGAUGUGCUUCAUAGACUGCGUCUCGAACUUCACGGACAGAACAGUGAGAAAUGAAGAGGAGCGAUGUGCCCUAAACUGCAUGGAGAAGUACCUGAAGAUGAAUCAGAGGGUCUCACAGCGCUUCCAGGAGUACCAGAUGAUCGCCAAUGAGAAUGCCCUCGCGAUGGUGCAGAAAAGCGGGCAGUUACCAGGCUAGUAGUUCUCCGGGAGAGCGUUAAUGGAAAUAAAAUAGUUAAGGAUUAAGGACA